AUGAGCAAUCUGCGAAGUGACUUUAACCUAAAAAAACGUGUUUAUUUUCUUUUCUGCCUCCAUUCGUCCAAAUUUUCCAUCGUCGGCGGAACUCUUGCUCCAUCUUCACUCCGGCACCACUCGUCAACCAUCACCUCCGAUCACCACCGCCCAUCCCCGCCAUCCUCUCAGAUCUCCGCCCUCGUCUCCGAUUGCAAACGUCCAGACGAAAAGGGGCAUCCGAAGGCUGCUUCAUUCAGAACAAUUCCACUGCCUUUUCCAGAUCUUUAUGCACGUAUUUUUGAUGGAAAUAGUGUCACUGGUAAUUUUAGGAGUUACUCAACCCAAUCAUCAUCAGUAGUUGGAGCAUCCUCUUGUCGUGUUCCACCACUUCAGAUUACCGCCACCUCAUUUCUUGCAAUAGAUGAUGAUGGUGAUGACACUUCCCAUCAUGAGCCACGACCUUCUGAUGCUUCCUCAUAUACUGCUUCAUCAUCCGGUAACCCCAACAAAAGGGCUAAACCUUCAACUCCUAUAGCUCCUAGUGCCUCACCAUCUACUUAUUCACCUGAUGGAACUUCUAUUAUUGUUGACGAUUUAGCAUUUGAAUAA